AAAAAAAAACAAAUAAAAGGCGGCUGCAUUUUCACUUGUGGGUUUAACCUGCGGAUUCCAUUCCAAAUUCUUUUUCAGUUCUCACAUUUGAAAGACGUGGGACCUCUUCAGAAAUCAAAAUGCUUUUAUUUGACUGAAGGUAAAAUUAAGAAACUUCAAAGAAGAAGGCAAAAAAAUCCCUCCAACUGCGAAGACCCGGUGGUUGGAGAAGCUUGUAGGCUGCAGCAAACUCGCAUGGCGAUGGAGAAGAGCUGCACCCCCACGAAGCUGGACUACUAUGACGACACGGGCAAGCUCCACUCCACCGCCACCCUCCUCUCCUCUACUCAGGUCGAGGACGGUCGGCUUGCCCUGCUUUUGGAUUCCACUAUCUUUCAUCCCCAAGGCGGCGGCCAGCCCGCCGAUACCGGUUUCAUCAUCCCCUGCGAUUCUGACCACGUCAAGUUCAUCGUCCAAGAUGUUCGAUCGAGAGACGGCAUAGUUUUCCACUACGGAUUUGUUGAGAAUUCUGAGGGGGAGUUAAGCUCCAUACUGGUGAAGGGGAAAGAAGUUGUGUUACAUGUUGACGAACCUCGUCGCAAACUCAAUUCUAGGCUUCACUCAGCCGGCCAUUUGCUUGACAUAUGCAUGCAAAAUAUAGGAUUGGGUUAUUUAGAGACUGGAAAAGGCUACCAUUUCCCUGAUGGGUCAUUUGUUGAAUAUAAAGGCACAGUUCCACAGGAUGAGUUGCAGAGUAAGCAAAAGGAAUUGGAGCUAGAAGCUAAUGCAUUAAUUUCCAGAGGAGGGAAAGUUUUUGCUGCUGUUGUACCUUAUGAGGAGGCUUCUGAGCUGUGCGGUGGUUGCCUUCCUGAUUAUAUCGCCACGAGCAGCACUCCACGUAUUGUAAAGUUGGGUGGCAAUCCUGGCUGCCCGUGUGGGGGGACCCACGUUUCUGAUAUUUCAGAGAUUGUAGGUAUUAAGGUCACUCGAAUUCGGACAAAGAAGGGAGUGACAAAAGUCAAUUACACUGUUGCAGCCUAGUUGUUCUGGCUCAUUCUCUUCCACAUUUAGUAUCGCUUGACAAGUGAGUUUUCCUCUUUGUAGUGGAGGAACUGGAAAUGCUGUAUGGAACUGAGUUUAUAAUGCCUAAAUCUGUAAAUCAUUUGAAAGAUUUUGGUCAUGUUCUGCCAUUGAUUAUCAGAUAAGUAAGUUUUUAAGUUCCUUGUAGUCAGCCUGGUUAACCAGCUACUCUGGAAAUAUGAUCUCUGAUGGGAAAUCAGUGAAUGUGUAAUAGUGUUGUGCUUGUCUGAGAGUUCUUCCAUCUCUUGUUAGAGCUUUAUAGUAAUGGCUUGUUCUUCUU